AUGGACGCAGACUACGAGGUGAUGAGCGAAGAGCUGGAUCCGGCGGAUGGCAGCAACUACACAGGCCUGUCCGCGGCGUCGCAUGGUGCUGUGGCAAGGGCGAAGAUGGGGUGGGGAACGAAUGGCACAAUGGCAGAAGCCUACACGCAGGAAGCCUACCCCACCACCGACUUGAAGGACAACUUCUGCCGCAAUCCUUACAACGCGGAGACGGCAACAGAUGAUACGAAGGCGAGCACCAUUUGGUGCUUCACCUCCGAUAGUGAGGUCCUUUGGCAGGAGUGUCAGCCCAUCGGUGUGCUUCGCCCAGUCUGCCAGAAUGGCUAUGCCGUCACCGACGAGUCCAUCCGCACCGUCUUGGAGCUUUUGAUCCUUUGCUUCUGCAGCCGAAUUCGAGAAGCCAUCGCAAUUAACAAGGUGGCAGCGAUCUUUGUGGCCAGCAACCCGGUGGUGAUCGUCGUGCCACUGGUUCAGGCGGUGGUCGCAGCUCUUUGGAUAGGCCUGUGGGUCUUCUUCGCCUCCUUCCUCCUCUCGCAAGCGCAUGGAACAGUAGACACCCCGGGGCAAUGUACUGGCCAGUGGCCCAUGGGCUUCGCCUACAAGGCGAGCAGAUGUGAGCAGACAGACGAUGACAAUUGCGAUUUGGUGAAUGGUACCUACCACUGCUGGAGGUGUGCGCAACCGCGCUACGCCUUUGACGUGCGCUUUGCAGUCUCCUUCUUCAUGCUGUUGUGGAACAAUGCCUUUAACAUCGCUUGUGGGCAGUUCAUCGUGGCUGGCGCUGCAGCCGCCUGGUUCUUCACUCCAAACUCGGAGAAGGGGAAGAAAGGAGUUGUGCGACAGUCCUUGUUCUGGGCCUUCAGGUACCAUUUUGGUUCCUUGGCCUUUGGCUCCUUCAUCAUUGCGGUGGUGGAAUUCAUCAGGUAUACUUUGCUCUAUUUGCAGAAGCAAGCAGAGGCACAGAAGAACCGGGUGAUGGUGUGCAUUUUGAGAAUCACCCGCUGCUGCCUGUGGUGCUUGGAGAAGUUCAUCAAGUUCAUCAACAAGUCACCUGGCCCACAUAGACCCGUUGGUGACGUUUCACGCCGUGUCUCCGGUGUGUUUCUUCUCUACCUGGUUCGGGUUCUCGGCAUGUCGCGGUUGAAAGAGUCCGGGCCCCAGAGAAGAUUGCCUAUGGAUGCCUAUGGUAAGAACCCUGCUCGCAUGCCUUUUUGA